CCUGCUCAGAUUCAGAGAGGGAGCAGAGAGAAAAACACAUCCACACUGCACAGAUGCUCAGACGCUUCACUGCAGUGUCAGGGAUGAUGAAGACGAAACUUUUUCUUGUUGCCAUUCUAAUGAUUAUUCUGCCAGCGAUGGCGGUCAUUGGUGAUGAACCAACCCCACCUGGACAACCAGACGCAUGGCUAACAACAACAGGACGUUCUGGACUAAAUCUAAAUGGGAAGAUGUUCACUCUGUCUUCUAAUAAUGGAGGAGUAACCUUCUAUCCCCCCAGUUAUCAUUUCCCCACUCCCUACCAAACUAGAAGACACAAAGACAGAGCUCCCAUCACCACCGCAGCUACAACCAGAGCCCCAACUGCAGUGGGUCCAACUACAGGUGUGUCUGUGUGUGUGCGUUACAUGACUGACUAUAUGUAUCAAACCUUCCCGCUCUUCACUGUCAGUCCAAAGAAAUCCACUCUGAAGCUGCAGGGUAGCACUGACGUAUUCACGCUAUCAUAUCAGGAUCACAACAGCGUGGGCCUGGAACCCAUCGUGUAUUUAUGGCCGGACAUUACACAGGAAAUCUGGACCAGUGUCUGCCUCACUGUGGACACCAGUAAAGGUGUGGUCCAGCUGUUCAAUGGCGGGUACAUGAGCGUCAGGAAGGUGCUGCCCACUCAGUAUGUGUGGGCAGGUGAGCCUGUCAUUGACUUCCCAGGUUUUGAUGGUCAGCUGACAGAUGUCCACAUGUGGGAUUAUCCUCUGAACUAUAAAGAAGUUUUCUACUACAUCACUAGAGGCUACUAUGGGUCUUACAACGGCUCUGUCAUCUCCUGGUCCUACAUCAGCUAUUCUAACAGAGGAAGGGCAGUCAUGGAGGACUCCUAUGACAUGCAGGCAAAACAGUCAAUCAGGGAACCUGAGCAAGAGCGUGGCCUGAAGGAAGAGAAGCUGAGAUUUUUCAGCAUGGAGGAGGAAAAAAGACGAGAGUUGUUUUAAUGAUGACAGAGUAGGGACGGAGUAGGGUGUGGAAUAAGGAAUAUUUUACUGCUACUUAUACUUAUUAUCAGCAUUAUGAUUGCAUUAAUUAACUUUGCAUUAAGUCAUGAUCAUUGCAUUAAACCAUAUAAUAAUCACUUUAUUGAAGCAGUUAUUGAAGCUGCUGACAGUACGUUAAAGUCUGUAUUACAAGUGUUAUCAUAAUCACAUAAUAUUCUUUACACAUUGCAAUUUGGUGCUUAUUAAUGAGUUGUGGCUCAGUCAAUUAAUUAAAAGGUUGAAAGCUCGGUUGGGCGUGAAUGUCCCGGCGAAACAUGGAGUAAGUGGCUUGGAGCUAUGGAAGGUUCAAUGCAUGCACGCCUACAAAACACAUAUAAUACAUUUAAUCAAGAAACAGGCUUGAGUGAAGGCCGGAACAUAUUCAGCUUCUUGUUGUUCUUGUUGUUCUUGUUACAGGUGACAGAAGAAGUGGCCAGAUGACGACCAUCCCCAAGGACCGUCUGGAGGGUGCAGCGAGUGGCCUUAUAUGGAAAACGUGAUAGAAAACAGGAACUUCUAUGUCUAUUUUAGUUAUUAAAAUGAAUAUUUACUGUAACUGACAUAUCAUAAUCUUUGUAAACGCAUGAGGGGGCGUUAACCCUGAUGAAUCAAAAGCAAUCUGAAGUGUCUUUUGGGUGAAGAUCUACACCUGAUGUUGUACAGUGUACAUCUUCCCACGCGUGUGCUCAAUAAACUCAUCUGUUUGAUUGCAUCCUCCGGGGGCUUUGGUAUUUUGUUUUGGAUCUCAA